AUGAAUCAGCUGUGCAAAGUGUGCGGCGAGCCAGCUGCCGGCUUCCACUUCGGCGCCUUCACCUGCGAGGGAUGCAAGUCGUUCUUCGGCCGGACGUACAACAACUUGUCGCAGGUGCACGAGUGCAAGAACGGCGGCCAGUGCGUCAUCAACAAGCAGAACAGAACGUCGUGCAAGGCCUGCAGACUCCGCAAGUGCAUUAUGGUCGGCAUGUCCAAGAGUGGGUCGAGAUACGGCAGACGCUCCAAUUGGUUCAAGAUCCACUGCCUCCUCCAAGAGCAGGCGGCCUUCAAUGGGCAGACGCCCGCUCUUCGCAGUCCCAUCACCCCCACGCUGCAGGACGGGUCGCUGCCCUUCGUGUCGGCUCAUCUCCGGGACUCCAUGGGGCGGGACGGCCCCGUGCGAGCCGCGCCCCAACUGCAGGGGCCUCCGGAGUUGCACGGCCAAGAUCUCCAAACCUCGCUGUCUGGUCUGACAACCGCGUCACAGCUGAACGCGCAAAUGGAGCGGCGCCUGCAAGAGGAGGCCCUGAGCGCCCUCACGCGCGGCCAAGGGCAUCACCCUCCCAGUCCAGACUUCGAGUCCCAUUACAGAGAGCAGGUCCUGGAAGCCCUCAGGCGUUCGCAAAACCUCGGCAGCCUCCGAAGGACGCCCGAUUUCGACGCCCUCAGGAGAUCAGUGGAGAUCGAUCCCCUGCGCCGCAGUCAUGACAUGGAUGCCCUCGACGCUCUCAGGCAAGUCGCCCCCGAGGUCGAGGCAAGACUUGGGCCGCUUGCCGUCCUCGAAUGGGAGAGGAGAAUACGAGAAAUCUCGAGGAGGAGUGACACGGAGGUCACCCUCGAGAGAAAGGACCAGCUGUCCAGCGAGAUUAAGGGCGAGCAGCUUCGGUCUCCAGCUGAUUGCUGCAUGGAGUCUGCAAGCGGAGGCGCCAAGGGCAGUCACCAAAGCGAGCUCGAGGCGGUCUCGUCGGUUAAGGAGGAAACUCUCAAGCCGGAAUACGAGCAGACCGAACUGGCUCUGUCUGUCCACGGCGACGUGGAGAAGAGUCGGCGGGAGGCGCCUCCGAAAUUCGCGAAUGAGAAAAAAGGCGUCGGGAUCCUGAUGUCGGAGGAGGAGCGUUUGUCCUUCCUGAAAGCAGUUAACAGUCAAACCUCCGUGUACCCGCGUGACCAAGCCCCGGUGACGUCAACGGCGAGAAUGCCGACCAAUGCUGACCUCCUGUACAAUUCUCUUAAUAACAACAUUUUCCCGUUCCCUCCCUAUCCUCCGCUGUGGCCGUCCAUGCUCCCCUUUCCUCCGUUGGCCAAGUUCUAUCCCUCUUUUGGCGGAUCCCUUCCUCCGAGCGCCAUAGAUGGCUUUAAAAGCGCCAUGUACAGCCCGCUUGAUGCUACGAGCUCCAGGUCGCCGCUGCGACUCCCCAAGGACGACGCCAUGACCAAGAAACGAUACCUGGACGCCGUGUUGCAGGUCCAAAGGCAGGAUAGCAACCCCCUCGACGGGGGCGCAACCGGAAGAGGGCUAUCCCAGGCCCAGCCAAGCGUGUCCCCGGCAGCCUCGCCUCCCGCGCCCCCCGUGACCUCCGCCGCCGCCUCACACGACCAGCCCAUGGACCUCACCGUUAGAAGGAAGAGGAAGAUGGACAAGAGUGAGAUCAUUUAUAAUCCUAGUGAUGAUAUCGCCGAUGUCGUGGAGAGCGAGGAUGAAAAGGCGGAUGAGAAAUGGCUGAAGAGGACUGAUGAAGAGGAAGAACCGGUUGAAGAGGACGAAGAGACGAAGGCAAAUGAUAUGAUUGAAAGUGAGACGCAAAUGAAGCCCACGAAAGCAGAAGUUCCUCUUAAAUUGAUAAAACUUGAUUCCCCCGGUGAAACACUUGUGGCGUAACGUAGACAUUAAGUGCAUUGAUUCACCGUGAUAUCAGUGACAAGUGAUUUGUGUCUGAAGGAUUGAAAAUAUACUACAUCUUAUUUUACGUGGUACAACUCAAUCAUACAAAUAGAAGCAAAUGCAAUUUAGUGUGACCAGUUAAUGUCACGUAAUAUCAGGGCUUUGUAGUUGCAGUCCAUACCCAAUAAAAUACGUUUGUUGAGUAUUUUAUUCUAGAACAAUAAAAUAGCAUAUAGUGAUUGAAUUACGAGUAUCAGGAAUUUUAGUGCCUUCUUACACCCUUUUUGGGGCAGGGAUUUUUCACCUAAGUCAAUACUGUGCCAUAAAAAGCCUUGACCAUAUGACCUACAGUGCGACUUCGUGUGCUUCGAGUGUUCAUGCAACAAACGUGUGCCUUCUUUAAAGUGUCCUUGAAACUAAUUGACUAAAAUAUUCAUUGGAUUUAUACACAUAUUUAAGAAACGAUACUGCAGUUGUUUUCACGGGCCACUGAAUGAACUCAGCAUUUGUGUGUCUCAGUGACAUUUUUCGAAUGUAAUUUUAUGUCAAUUUCCUACUCUGCCUGGUAAAUCCGCGUCCGUAGUAAGGGAAUGUUAUCAUACAGUUUUGAUUUAGCAACGUGUGUCUGAUAGGACGUAAUUUUAAGUGGUAAUUUUCAUUUCAAAGCUGAGGGUGGUGCUAUUUUGGACAUGGAGAUGGGCGUAAUGUCAGUGUCUUUCUCUGGGAGUUAAAUCUAGAUGAC